AUGCCAGAGUUUUCCGAUCAUGUGAGGGCUACGUUUGAGCCAAGUGACACCAAGCUUCUUACUACAACCCCGACCACCAAACUCUUGGUCGAGUCACCAGCACUUGCCACUGCGCUAUCGCAGAUAUUCCCGUUUCUACUACUCGUUGACGGCUUAUUGGAGACGGUUACUUGGACAAACGACGACCCGUACAGAAAUUUCCUUAUAAUGACUUUUUACUCGUGCGUGGUGGUCUACUGGGAGCUCGUGUCGCAUUAUAUCCUCCCGACGCUCAUAGUUGGCUUGUUUUCACUCUUUGUGUGGCUGAUCAGCUCGGUGGUUUACGACUCCAAAUACGGCGAAAAGCCCACCAUUGAGGAGGUCCUCUAUACUUUGCACAACAUCACCAUCAGAUCGGAGAUACUCUUGCGCCCCAUCAAGAAGUUCCGGCUCACUCCAAAGAACUACACAAGGCUCUUUUUCAUGGCGAUGAUGUUGACCCCACUACACUGGGUCUUGGUCAAAACAAUCCUCCCUCCGCAGAGGUACUUGUGGUUUGCUGGUCUUUUCCUUCUUUCCUUCAACAGCCCCUAUGCUCAUGCAACUAGACAGCUUUUGUGGAGAUCCUUGUACUUGAGGCUAGCCGUUGUUUAUAUCACGGGAGUCAAUUUCAAAACCAGCAGGACCCGUCCAACAAAGGAGACCCCCAUGGCACAAAGUGUCUCGGGCAGCGACAUGGAGGACUCCCACACUUUACCCGUCUUGUCCAAUUUCAAAAUCUUGAAAAAGAAAAUGAUAUCUCCCAUUGAACUAAAGCAAACCGUUUUGUUUGAAGUUUUAGAAAAUGAACGGAGGUGGUUUGGCAUAGGUUGGUCUGCACUAUUGUAUCCAAGCGAGCGUGCUAAUUUCUGCUAUGAAAAGACGUUACAGGAGGCCCCCGCAGUCACGUCAAAUGCAAAGGACUUUUCAUUUCCCGUGUUUGAAAACGAUGUCUACUCGUAUGAGUGGGAGUGGAUCGAUGACAAAUGGUCGUUAGAUUUGGAGUUUAACAAGUCCAAAAACAAAGAAGGCUGGGUCUACUACGAUAACAACUGGGAGCACCCGAGAUACCAAGACGGUUACAGCAAAUACACCCGAUCCAGAAAAUGGGUCAAGAAGGCUUCACUCGUGAUUGACAAGCAAACAACCGUGUACGAUGAAUAG